AUGAUCGGCAAUAAUAUGCCAAAUAUCUCAGUCUGUUCAUAUCUAUCUAUCUAUCUAUCUAUCUAUCUAUCUAUCUAUCUAUCUAUCUAUCUAUCUAUCUAUGUCCGUUUUCUUUCUCCCUUCUCUUCCUCUCUUGCCCUCUCCUCCCUAUCUUUUUCUCUUCUCUCUCUCUCUCUCUUUCCCUAUGUGUGUGUAUGUAAGUGUCUGCGUGUUUCUCAGUCUGUUCAUAUCUAUCUAUCUAUCUAUCUAUCUAUCUAUCUAUCUAUCUAUCUAUCUAUCUAUCUAUGUCCGUUAUCUAUGUAUGUAUAUAUGUAUCUAUCUAUCUAUCUAGAAAUAUGGUUUGACCAAAAACUGCUUAAAUAUAUAAUUUUUCCUUUUGUCUUUAUUCAUAUCUAUCUAUCUAUCUAUCUAUCUAUCUAUCUAUCUAUCUAUCUAUCUAUCUAUCCCAAUCUAUCUAUCUAUCUAUCUAUCUAUCUAUCUAUCUAUCUAUCUCAGUCUCUUAAUUAUCUAUCUAUCUAUCUCAGUCUUAUUAUCUAUCUAUCUAUCUAUCUAUCUAUCUAUCUAUCUAUCUAUCUAUCUAUCUAA